GUCCCCGCGUCAUGAGGGGUGUAGGAAGCAGAGACAUUGGACAGAAGUUUCUCGGAGGCAAAGCCUCUUUCCCACUCGGGUUAGCCCCCGUGCCUUUCCUGGAAUGGGCUAAUCCUGAUGGAGAAAUAGGAACAGCCGUAGCUGCUGCAUGUGAGGGCGUCCCUAUGAUCGUGAGUGCUUUUUCGAACACGACUGUUGGAAGAAAUUCGCUUCGUUGCUGAUGAUACCAUUCUUUAUAUGGAGACUUACGUCUUCAGGGAUAGAAGGAUUACAGACAACAUUGUGCGACGCGCUGACAAGACUGGCUACAAUGCAAUUGUCGUUACAGUUGACGCUCCAGUUUAUGGAAAUAUUAUUGAAACUAAUAGGAAUCACAUGGUGUUGCCAGAAUACCUACACGUCCCUAAUAUCGAGGAUGAUAACAUAGAUUUCGAUUUAUCCAUCUCAGUAAGUGGUUACGGACUGGCCGCAGAUGCAGAAGUUGAUGGGCAUGAGAAGCAUUUCUUCAAUGGACAACAUGAUAUACACAAAUACGAGUUAAAAGAUGAUGUCAAGAUUAGAGAAUAUACAGACAUCAACCAAAAUAACAUUGUUGGAGCCGAGGCUGUCUUCGAAGUGGGCGGUAUUGUCAGAGAGAAGCACCAUGGCCUUGGCGCGGGCAUCUACAUUGGAGAAGACAGGAAAGAUCAACGUAAAAUGGGCUUCUGUAUUGGCUCCUACAGGUUUGAAGAAUAUUUUGAUUACUUAGUCGAUAGUGAUCAAGACUGGGGAGAUUUCAAGCACAUAAGAGAUGCCACCGACUUGCCUGUCAUCGCCAAGGGCAUUCUUACUGGUUGUGAUGCCAGAGAAGCUGUCCGACACGGUGCCAAUGCUAUUAUUGUUUCAAAUCACGGUGGAAAUGGAUUAGACGAAACUCCAGCUACUAUUGAAGCUCUUGCAGAAGUUGUGGAAGGUCUCCAUCACCAUGAUUUUGAUCAUAUAGAGAUUUAUUUAGAUGGCGGUAUACGUUGGGGCACUGAUAUCUUUAAGGCUCUAGCCAUUGGAGCAGACGCAGUUUUUAUAGGCAGACCAGUAUCCUGGGGCCUGCUACAGAGUGGUAGAUGUGGAGUACAGCAAGUUAUUCAGAUUCUCAGAAAAGAAUUCGAUCGUACAAUGGCUUUAAUGGGGGUUAGCAAGAUUGACGACAUCGUUCGAUCAAUGGUUGUGUCAGAGAACUAUUUCCGUCAUAGAUAUGAGGCCGAUUAUCGCAGACAUGGUGACAGACAUCUUGACGGAGAUCGCCAUUCCGAUGACUAUAACUUGAUAUGUCCAUUUGACUAUGACGAAAACCACUUGAGCAUCUUGGGUAUUGAUCUGGACAUCGGUGUUGAUGCGGAUGUUGGUCUAGGACUUGAUGCAGAGCUUGAUGUUGAUGUUGACGUUGACCUCAGUCUCAGCAGCAGUUCUAGCAGCUCUUCCAGCAGCUCAUCCAGCAGUAGCGAUAGCCUUGUAGAUGUAACAGACAGCUUCAGCUUCAGCGAUAGUAGCAGCGACAGCAUUGGCUUCAGACUUCUGGAUGCGAAUGGCAUUGAAAUCGACAUUGGUUCUUCUUCUUCAUCAUCUUCUUCCUCCUCUUCUUUCUCCAGCUUUGACAUCGAAGCUAGCCUCCUGGGUAUCGCUGGUGUAACAGGAAUUCAUAUCCAUGCUACCAGUGACAGCUCCAUACUCGAUGCUGAUGUAGGCGUUGGUGCACACGUGGGCGUAGGUGCAUCCGUGGGGGUGGGCGUAGGUGCAUCCUUGGAGGUGGGCUUAGGGGCGAGCUUAGACCUAAGCGCAAAGGUGUGAAUCAUUGUUGGUUAAUUUAAUUUGAUCAGAGAUCUGACUCUACACAACAGAGGAAAAAUGAAAAUACCUGAAAAUAUCGAACUAGGAAUUUUACUUUGAAAUCAAAUUUUACCGCCAUCAGUUUUGGAACAUACUACUGUGUCAUAAUAGCGUUAUAUAUUGUUAUGAGUAAUUACUAAGAAUACAUAAGCAACAUGUAUAUGUAUAAAAGCUAAAUAUUUUGUUAAAUGUAUGUAUUUUGCGAUAAAUUUUUUAAUUCAUUGCAAUAAAUUGUGUAUAUAAAUGAAAUCUGAGUUAUGAAAUAACGUCUCAUUAUCAGAAAACGAUGUUGUAUAAAAAGAUAAUUAAAAAAUAAAUUGAAAGUAGUUAUUACAA